CCCGUGAGUGCUCAUAUACAUCCCCAGUUUAUGAACCCCCUGGGACAUGCCAUGGUCCACCACCAGAGACCACCACCACCACCUACCAUGACCCAUACAGGACCGGUGCCAGUUCCAGUGCCAGUCCAUGUGGUGCUGGAUGAUCGCAUGUCCCCGCGCUCCCACACCAUCAGCAGACGACUCUCCCGCCAGGCAGCCAAUAUUUAUGAGAUGUGGGAUGACUUCAAAAGCUUGGAAAAAGAGCUUGAGGACAAUGACGUGUCUGUCACCGAAUGGUUGAAGCUCCAUGGCAGCUCGGAACGCCAAUUUCGUCAUACUCGCCAGAAGAUUAUUCGGUUUAUUGAAGAAGAGGCCAAGCUCACCCAUACCCUGGUGGAAACCGUCAAGGAUAAACUCCACCGCAAGAUGAGGAAUCGAGUAAAGCCCUGGACGCUAGAUGAAAUUCAGCGGAUGCUUACGUCGGGAAAACGGAUCAAUUUGGACGACUGAUGAUUAUACUACACUGGAUGUAAUAUAUAUAGUAGAAAUAGACACCUAAAGAACCAAGACUUUUGGGGCGAAUCACCCAGACAUUUUAUAGUGGAAAUAUGGAAUGAAACUAACCCUUAAAUUUCAUCUGAAUUUGUGGCAUUGGCAUUACAUAAGGCUAUCCAAUGCAAACGGCUCGUAUGCAUAUCCCUCUCCUUCGAAAAAUUUGGACAUCGCUUCCACCCAGUGUAACCUCAACGAGUGUAACAUGGCUGAGGUUCCUUCCAUAAGCACCAAGAUACAUACCGUCAACACAAACCAGAACCCAAAGAGAAACACCGUCAUCACCACCCCUAUUCCUCCCGUCAUCAGAAAGGCCUUGCUGAUGGUCAUGGACCACAACACCGACGAUAACUGUGCAUGUGCCAACGACAACGCCCAGAGUCUCAAGUAUGACGCCGUGUGACUCACACAGUUUAAACAAAACUCAAUCGUGUGGAUCACCUG